AUGUCUACCGAUGGCGAUGAACCCGUACUUCAAAUUGAGGAUGAAAUUGAUGAAAGUUCGGUCCUUAGUUCAAAAAGAACAAAAACUUCUACGGCUUGGGAAUUUUUUGAAAAGUUUGUUGACGACAAAGGACUCCCAAAGGUCAAAUGCAAAAAUUGUGAUAAAAUUUAUAUGGCUAGAGAUGGUGGUGGCACUUCAAAUUUGAUAAAACAUGCAGUGAAAUGUGUUGGAAGAGGGAACGAAUCUUCUUAUCCGCCACUGGAUCAAGAAAAGUAUAGGGAAAAGAUUUCUAAGGUAAUUGUCAAACACAAUUAUCCUUUUACUUUUGUUGAACAUGAAGGGAUAGUUGACUUACUUUGUUUCUUACACCCCAAUGUUAAGUCAAUUACUAGAAAUACUACAAAGCCUGAUGUUCUUAAGGUGUUUAGAAAAGAAAAAGAAAACUUAAAAUCCUAUUUGCAGUCGAUUCCAGGAAUUUUUUUUUUAACAUCCGAUCUAUGGUCUGCAAUAAAUACAUAUCAAUAUAUGGUUUUGACUACACAUUUUGUUAAUAGGAAUUGGGAAUUAGAGAAAAAAGUUGUAUCCUUCACUCAUUGUCCACCACCUCAUAGCGGUUUUAAUUUGGCUGAGAAGUUAAUAAAUUUGCUAAAGGAGUGGGGUAUUGAGAAAAAAAUAUUCACGAUUACUUUAGACAACGCAUCUAACAAUGAUGUUAUGGUGAAUAUAUUGAAGAAACAUUUAUUAUCAGGAUUAGGAUUGAUAGCUGAAGGUACUUAUUUUCAUGUUAGAUGUGGAGCACACAUCUUAAACUUAAUUGUUCAUGAUGGUUUAAAGGUGAUAGAUGGAUCUUUGGAUAAAAUUAGGUUGUGUGUGAAAUAUGUAAGAGGCUCGGAAGCUCGAAAGAUAAAGUUUGCAUCUUGUUUAGAGCAACUUUCAAAUGUGACUUCUAAGCAAGUUCGUCAAGACUUACCUACUAGGUGGAAUUCCACUUAUCUGAUGCUUGAGACUGCUAUAGGUCAACGAGAAGCCUUUACCCUCCUAAGCGAUAUUGAUCCCUAUUUUGAUUGUUGUUUAUCAAACGAGGAGUGA